AAGAGAUAAUGAUAGUACAGAUGAUACGUACUGGCCACAUGUACCAAAAAUCAGCCUCAAACAUAAAAACAUAACACACAAAAGAUUUCACUGGCGUGUGCUCUCCUCACUUUCCCUUAAACUAGAGCUUCAUCAGUCCCAAAAGAAAUGGCUGCUUCUAAUACAGUAACCGCAAACUACGUCCUCAAGCCACCUCCAUAUUCUCUGGAUGCUUUGGAGCCGCAUAUGAGCCGACAAACUCUGGAGUUUCACUGGGGAAAGCAUCACAGGGCUUACGUGGACAACCUCAAGAAACAGGUUCUUGGAACCGAGCUCGAAGGCAAACCCUUAGAUCACAUUAUCCUCAAGACUUACAACAAUGGCGAUCUCCUCCCUGCUUUCAACAACGCUGCUCAGGCUUGGAACCACGAAUUCUUCUGGGAAUCAAUGAAACCCGGUGGUGGAGGAAAACCGUCAGGAGAGCUUCUUGCUUUGCUUGAAAGAGAUUUCACUUCUUAUGAGAAAUUCUACGAUGAGUUCAAUGCUGCAGCAGCCACUCAAUUUGGAGCUGGAUGGGCUUGGCUUGCUUACGCAAAUGACAAACUCAAAGUAGUGAAAACUCCAAAUGCCGUGAAUCCCCUUGUGCUUGACUCUUUCCCAUUGCUUACCAUUGAUGUCUGGGAGCAUGCUUACUACCUAGACUUCCAGAACCGGAGACCGGAUUACAUAAAGACAUUCAUGAACAAUCUUGUGUCUUGGGAAGCUGUUAGUUCCAGACUUGAGGCCGCAAAGGCUGCUUCUGCCUCUUCUGCUUGAGCGCACAGUUCUGAACAAUUAGUCUUCAGCGAGUUCUGCAUUAAUUACUGAAGUUUCUUAAUAAAAUAUUGGUCAUGGUAAUAAAGACACAGCUCUCUUGUUGUAUUGUGUCACAGAGUCGUUCAUCUUGAUCUUGUUAGCUGAAUCUUAUUUACUGUGUUUAAUGAGUAAUUACCAUGUAUUGCUCUUCCUGUGGUUUUGGUUCUUCAUGUGUUUAAGUUUUUCGCUUAAUCUUCUUUUUAAGGCCGUCCAAAAAACAAAUUGUUUUUUUUACGUCUAAACUUUAAUUUAU